UCAGGCUGGCCACCAUGAUGGAACGACCUUUUUCUCUCUCGAGUGUUUUUUCAAAUUAAUUAAAAGAAAAUCGUUGUCUUUUCAAUAACGAGAUCGAAAUAACGAACACCGUUCUAUAAAGGAAGCAUAUAGAAGUAGUUUAAGAGAAUUUUGAAAGGAUUACUCACCAGCAUUUCGUGGAAGGUAAAUGCAAUACAUCUAAGAUGGUGUUUUAGCGCGGUCAUGUUGGAGUAAUACGUAGGACGCGGCGUUCGUUACGAUGUUCUAUCGGCGGAGAAGUGUUUUUUAAUUUGAUUAACGGUCUCGUGGGUUUCGUGCCUAUACUUCGUUGGAAAAGCAACUUGCAGUUUCGAGCGUCGAGAAAAUUAUGAAUCGGAACACGUGAUUGUGGAAGGUCGGUCUGCACCACUCGGUGGACGAUUGCAAGAGGUUAUAAACGCUCGCAUGUUUUAAUCCCGGAGACGCUCACCAUUCCGCGGCGAAAUGGAUUUCUCCGGGAACAACGUCCUCCAGGGAAUUCUCCCCCAAUUUGCAGAAUUAACGUCUGGCUCGAAUCCGGAUUCCGCUCCGAAAUUCACCGGCGGCGAUAACAUUCACGACGAGCAAAUCACUAUUUACACCACCACUGCCGGACAGAGUCAUCAAAAGCAGAAUUUAUUGGUGAACUCGACGAACAAGUACAGUGGACCAAUAAUAGCAUGGCCGGACCCUAAUAGUCUGAUGCAGUUCUGCGAAAAGCAAGGCAUUCAGACGAUCAAUAUUCCUAAUUAUAAUCAAAACAAUUCGAUUAUAGGAGUUCAGUCCAAUAGUCUGCCUGUGAGAAUCAUACCUAACUUGUAUUUACCUUCUACCUCUCAGCCAGAGAAUAUUAAAACGGAACUACAGACGAGGAUUGAAACAGAGAUCAAGAACUCUACCAUGCAAGAAUCUCAAGUUCAACUUCAGCAACAAAACACCAUGGCUGAGUAUUUUCAGAAGUUACAGGCUACCACUCUUCCACUCACGUUGCAACAGUUAAUUAAAUUGCAAACGGAGCAGACUAAAAAAGAAAAGCUUGAGGAGGAAAAAACGGAGCACACGCAGAAUAAUAUUUUGAAUAUUCCCAGCGUUCCAGUUUUCAGAAACAAUCAGCUGCAGAAUGGUAAUAACUUUAUGAGCUCUGAUCAGAUCAUAUCAAUCAGUCCGAACGAUCUGAACGUGCACGUGGAUAACCAUCAGGAGAAUGAGAACACCGUGCAGUGCCUAAAAGUGGAGCAACAGGUUCAGACGGAUUCUCCUAAGACCGAGAAGAAGAUGAAGUUCAGAGCCAAAACCGGAGAGAUCAAGAUCAGCGUCGGGCUGGAUGGAUCGACUUUUUAUUGUUGUCCCGAGUGCAACCUUGCAUUUCAGGACAAGGCGGAAAUAGAACAACAUAUCCAGGCUCAUAUACAAGAACGCAAGUAUCAAUGCAAAGAGUGCGGCGCAAUGUUGAAGAGAAAAGAGCACCUCGACCAACACAUGCGCGGCCACUCGGACGAAAGGCCAUUUAAAUGUCCUGUUUGCCAAAAAGCGUUCAAAAGGAACGAACACCUGACGCGACAUUACGUUAUCCACUCGGGCGAUAAGAAUUUCACCUGCUCGGUGUGCCAGAAGGCAUUCUCGCGGAAGGAUCACCUGAACAAACAUACUCAAACGCAUUUAGGGAUGAGAAAGAAUCGAACGAAGAAGGAUUCCUUCUUCGUGGAACAGAAGGAGGCUUUCGAGAAAUCGAACGAUGCCAGCAUGAUGCCUAAGCAGGAGGUGACCUUGGUUCUAAAGGAUGGACUCAUGAAGCAGGAGCCAAACUUCCUGCAGUACAUUCAGAACUUGCAGAAGGAUCAACAUCUGAUACACACGUUCUCCUCGUUUAAAGAACAGGCGAUGAAAGAGGCGAAUGGCCUGCAGCAACAGGCGGUCAAUAUGAAUGAUAUCCUGCCUCAGAACACAAGGUACUUAAUGCCAUCCUAGUCGUAAGUCGAACCGAUUUAAGUCCAAAGCAAUAAAGGCUGUUUACGAAGUGUGUCGAGAAAUUAGCACAAAUAGAAAAUUCGUUAGACACAUUAGGAAUUGAAGAAUACCCUAGGACUCGGAAAAGAAACAUUUUUUUUUAGGGACUGCAGCACCGAGACUGGUGCGGUUAAAAGAAUUCACAUUGGCGUAGGUUGACGGAAAAUUUGUAAAUAGAAAUGGCGUUUGGUCCAUUUUUACCCCCGCGGGGAGAAACUAUUGCCAUGAUAUUUUACAAUUCUUCGGACAAUUAGUAUUCCGUGAACAGUACCUAAAAAUUUGUAUUCUUAGACGGAUGCACGCUGAAGUAACAGCUAUAAACUGUGUAGCUAAGUUCCAUUACUUGCAUGAGAUUCACACUCGACCGCUUAAUACUUUACUUACCGGCAGUUAUCGCGAAUAAGUUCCGAACGAUUCUUUUAUAAACCGUUCGAGAACCAUCAAAAUUUAAUUGGUAAAACAACGAAUUAUCCGAGAAGAAUCUCGACGGGAUUCCGGUAGUUAAAGUGUUAAGUCGGACCCGGUACUUGCGCGAAAGGGGAAUGAGAUCAUCUUGUAUAAAUGCACAUCCUCCGUUUUAUUUAAACUAGCGUUAAAGAAAAUAGUUUCUUUGCUGAUUCUAGUCUACGGUCGCAACAACUAUGAUCAAACAUAGGGGUCUCCAGCCGGAUUCGCGAAUCCGUCGUGGACCGCGUUCACUUCGAACGAAAAAACACUUAAAGCCAAUCUGCCAUUAGGAUAACAACAUUCUCGAACCGAGUACCAAUAGCAAAUAAUAGCAUACUGCCGAUUAUCGUCGUUAUACAGUUUGUAGAGAGUAAUUAUGUAUAUAAAUAAGAUACAAAUUUUACCUGAAA